AUGGCGUCAAUGGCUUCCGUGUCCAGGAUCCUACACAAGGACCCCCAGCCACAUGCCUUCCAUGGAUUACACUGGAAGAGCUACUGCGUGUCUGGUUCCGCCAUCAGGAGGGCAGCCUCUUAUCAUGGUAUGUUUCUUCUCUCGCACUUGGUGUCGCGUUACGUUAUUUUUCCUGUUGUUUGGGGGUUUAACAACGCCGACCGGCUGUGGGAGUUGAUCAUGCUAAAAUUUAUCGUGUUAAUUGGAUUGCUGCAGCGGAUCCAACGGGCGCGCUGUCUUUUCCUCGGGGUGGAGAAAGAAUCUUAAAUGCUGCCAUCACUGCAUCCGUCCCCUUAUCAAUUGUUCCUACAUCACGGUAUGUUAUAGCGAUGCUUUCUUUGGACUGUGGAUAAUUUUAGUAUAAUGUUGCAUUCGUCGCAUCAAGAAGGUUACACUGAUGAUAUCGUCUCUCUAAUUUUUAUUUUCCGAGAUUGAUGGCAUGAGUUUUUCUGACCAAGUAAAAACGGAAGAGUGACUCAGAGACACAUCCCUAUUUCUUAUCAACUUCACAUAACUUAGUUCUCAAACAUAAUCUCCACUAGCUGGUUGUUCAUUUGGUGUUUUAGGAAGUUUAUCACCAGCGCACCUUUGAUGAUAAUAGCAUUUAUUAAACUUUGAGAAAAUUUCGUGUUUGGAGGGAAGCUUGGUUUAAUAGGGCCAACAUAGAAAAUUGCUACUUGGAAAAAAUAGAGAAAAGUGUUACGUCGUUCAAUGAUCCACUCUUUAUCAAUGCAGCAGGGCCAAUCAAUUCUUGUGCAAAGCCGAAGCAAAUGUUUCGGGAGAUGUUCCCAGCAAAGCUCCGAGUGGGAUGAGCCAGUAUGAAAGAAUAGUCGAAUUGCUUACCACCCUUUUCCCUGUCUGGGUAAUCAUGCUUCAGUGGACGCUUUCAAUAGUCUCCAUUUUUUGAACUCAACUGUUAAUUUGAUAAUCUCAUUAACAAAAUAAUGCCUUUCACAGGUUAUAUUAGGGACAAUUAUUGGUAUUUACAAGCCAUCUGCGGUAAUGACUCCCCACUGCCUUUUUCUCGGCUAGGUGGAAAAUCAAUAACUAAAUCACUUAAUUUAUAUUUGCUAAUUAUUUGCAUUCACUGAUUUAUAUGCAGGUUACCUGGUUACAGACAGACCUUUUCACUGUUGGCCUGGGCUUCCUUAUGCUCUCAAUGGGCUUGACAUUGACGUUUGAAGAUUUUCGAAGAUGUAUGAGAAACCCUUGGACGGUAAGAUACAAUCCUCAUAUGUAUAUUCUUGAGACGUUCUUGAUGUUUUAUCGAACUUUUUGUAAGGUUUUAUUCGUUUUUGAUUUCCUCCAUCACUGAGCUAAUGAAAUCGUUUGAUUGUAGGUUGGUGUGGGUUUUCUUGCACAGUACAUGGUCAAACCAUUGCUUGGUUUUUUCAUAUCAAUGGUACGCCAUUCAAUGUUAUCUUAAGAAAAAAAUGAAUCCUAUUUUUUUUUCAUCCUUUACUGUCAGAGAUGCCUGCGGUUUCAUGUAUAUCAAAGAAGUUGAUGAUUCCAUCUCCCGAUAGUAGAAAACUGUAUAGAUGUCAUUGUGCAUAUCAUGAACAUGGAAAAAUGGUUCUUUUUGAGACCCAGCGAUUCUCAAUGGAGAACUUGGGAAUAUAGGUGUUUGAUCUAACCUGGUGUAGUUAUCUAAAACCCCAAUAUGAUGUAUGCAUGGGGUGCUCCAACGUGGAGGACAACAUGGGACCCAUCUUUUGUAGCAAAGUGCGAGGAGACUUUCCCCCAUUGAGAGAGAGAGAGAGAGAGAGAGAGAGAGAGAGAGAGAGAGAGAGAGAGAGAGAGAGAGAGAGAGAGAGAGAGAAGGGGGGGAUUUUAUUAGAAAAUUCAUGAAUAUUUAUAAGAAACCGAUAAUGAUAGAAUAUGUUUUUAACUGGAUACUGUACUGGGCUUGAAGGCUGCUUAUAACUUUUGUCCUGGCUGGUAGAAAAAAUUUCAUUAAUUGAUAAUGUAUCCUAGUUGGGAGGUUCAUACUACUGAUGUUGACUUGUCUUACAAAGUUCACUGUUUUCUCCAUCCUUUUCAUUGUGUCUCGUUUGCACCUUGUUUCCUAGAUUUGAACUGAACGACAUAAUACUAGAUAUUGGACGCUUGGAAAAAUAGCCUUUAUGAAAAAAAAAAUCCAGAUCAUGCGCAUAAGUAAAUGUUAGUGUCGAUUAUGAAUAUAGAUUCGUGAAGUAGUUCUUAUGGACCUCUCCUCUCAUGCUAUGGUGUUCAAUGACAGUUUUCGGAAUGGAGAUUUUCUUACGUUAGUUUUCUAAUACGAAAGUUUUGCUGAAUGAUUAUCUUGGGAUGUCACUUCUACGUGCUCGCUUUCAUGUCUUUUUAUGUUUUUUUAUGAAUACACCAUCUCAUUUUGCCUCAUAAUACCUUAAAAUUCAAGAAUAAAAAUAAAUUCCAUUUUACUUGACCUCUUACCUACUUCUAGUAUGAACCAAGUUAAUCAUCAUAGACGAUAGACAAAGAGGAAAAGGUAAAAUAAAACAAAUACCUGCCAAAUAUCCAUACUUGAGCCAAGAAAGUCCAAUCCCUGUAUAUUUUGUUUUUGCAUAUUUAUUCCCUUUCCCGACAAUGUAUUGAUCUGAUGCUUUGCUUAUUCAAUCUGUUCAGCAUUAUGAUCUUACGCUGAAAUCAAUAACCAAAUUUUUGUAGCCCAUUUUAUCUUUUGAUGCGAACAUAACUAUAGUUUGAUUCUUUAAAGUCGAACCUGUCACCCACUUCCUACCACUAGGGAUCCCGUAAUAAUACAUAUGUGAACUUUCAGUUGGUUACUGUCACCUGCAUCUAUUUUUAAUGUCACCUUCUGCCGUUCGUAUAAACUUUAACUAAAUUUUGUUAGGAGUUGGUCCAGAUAAUCAAUUCCACAUUGAUGUGAGCUUCGUUGUUGUGUUUACUGUUUUUGAUUCAGAAUUUUUCAUGGUUUUAUUUGCCUAGUAAAGCAUUGACAUUGGGCUAUCACAGUAAUCAUUUCAUCUCUCAUGGAUGCUGAAUGAAGUAGGAUUUGUUUUUCUUCUAUUUUUGAUAAAUUCAAAAUGUUGUUUUAUCUACAGAGUCUAAAGUUGUCUGCCCCUCUUGCAACCGGCCUCAUUUUGGUCUCUUGCUGCCCUGGGGGCCAGGCAUCAAAUGUUGCUACAUAUAUAUCUAAAGGAAAUGUGGCACUUUCGGUUCUCAUGACAACGUAAGUCAAUUUUUUUGGGAAUUUCUAUUAUUUAUAGUUUCAUGACAAAAAUAUAUUUUCCCUUAUCUGGGAUGAUGAUCAUUUUUGUUAGGUCUAUUUUCUAGCGAUUAAAUGAGUAUCCCUGAUUUUACUCUGCAAUGUGUUUCUUUUAUUAGAGUUAUUCUAUAGACUUGUAUCAUAAUAUUCUUUCCUUAGAUUUGUGUAUGCCAUCCACUUUCUUCUCUUCCUAAAAGGUUUUGACAUUGGCUUCGGACAGGGGUAAGUAGGACCUAACAUGCAUCAAACGGUAAUUGGAGGUAUUGCAUAUCUCAAGAUUUUUAGAUAAAGGAAAAUCAGCUCAUAUGGGCAACACAUUACUUAUCAUUGAGGGCUAUGUCUACAAGGUUUGAAUUAAAAUCAGCCUAUGGAAAUAUAGCUGCAAGCCUUUCAUGGACCAUACGUCAGCCAUUUUUAAGGGCUUUAGCUGAAAUUUUUUAAUUGAUAUCUGCUAUUUCUGUAUAUGGAUGGUCUUGGGGGAUGGAUUAUAAUUUUUAUAAAUGAAAGUUUUCUGGUCUUUUAGUUCUAUCAUGCUCCUGCCUUGCCUUGCUUUUACGGAUUGUAACGGAUUCCACUUGAAGUUUUAUUUUAUUGAUGUGAAAACACGAUAGGCUGUUCCAUUAGAAUAUUCUCAGAGAACUCAUUUCAUAGUGAUCAUGCUCAGUUUAAGUAUCAUCCCUCCAUGUUACCUAUUACUGAUUGCCGACGAAAUUCACGACUAGAAGUGAAUACUGGGAUAUAAACGGCUGUCAACCUUGUUGUGGAAUGUCAAACUCUAAUCUUGGGUUGUCUGCACAAUGGGUUAAGCAUCAAUGUUAGGAAAAUUAAAUAAUCUCCGAUAUCAAUUCUUUUUCUUCUAAUUAUAAAGAUAGUAUUAUUUUGUAUGUGAAUUCUUACAGCUGAGCUGAAUUUUAUUCACUUAUUAUCUUAAUAGUCUUUUAUCGUAAUGGUUGGAACUGCAAAAGAUUUCUCGUGCAUGGGAUAACAGAAUGUACUUUCUAUGUCCUGAUUUUAACACUAUCCCUAGUUCAUCUAGGAGCCGUCAAAAAUUUCCAUCUGGACAGUCAUGUCAGAGUUAAAGCUGUAAGCUAUUUACCGGGAAAGAGGAUGUUUUCCUUCUUGGUUGCUUGUUUUGUAUCUAAAUGCUGCAUCAUUGUGUUUUUGAUCAUUCAUUUUCUGUUGAUGGUAGCAAUAUCUUGUCCAUCACCUAAAAUAAAAAGACAACAUUAUUUUCAUGUAAUUUUGAAGCUCUGAUCUUGAAAGUUACAUUCUAGUCUUGUCUAGGUAUAUCUGAAAUUUGAGGACCGCAUAAUAAAUUCCUAACAGCAUCUAGCUUUUGAUUUUUCUUAUUAUUAUUUACUUGUUCAGGUUCAAUUGGUUGAGUUACCUUUUGGUAGUAGAUGUCUGUGGUUUAUGUAUCAGGAUGUGGAAUGUUGAGUACCACUUUUCAUGUUUUAAUGUAUUAAUUUCUUCAUGUCUGUGUGAUUAAUUUUUUGAAACUAAAGCGAUGGUGAGUUUCACGCAUGUUCAUGGUGCAUUUUCUCUGGUAUGUUAGGUGUUCAACCAUUGGCGCCAUUAUAAUGACGCCACUUCUCACAAAGUUUCUUGCUGGUCAACUUGUACCCGUGGAUGCUGCAGUAAGAAAUACUCAUUCUGUUUCGGCAAUAAUCAACUGAAGUUGUAAAUAUAAUACUCAUAUUGCCAUAUGGAAAUCAUUUCUAAUGUAAAUAAAUAUUUUCCAAUUCCAGGGCUUGGCAAUCAGCACAUUUCAAGUUGUCCUGUUGCCAACUAUUAUUGGAGGUAAUUGAACCCUGUAGCGAGCCUUUGCGGUUUUAUAUUGCUCUUAUGCUCUCGUCCUGUCAACGUGCAUUAAUUCUUUUGGUUUGGUCAUUUAAAAUAAAUUUAUUGCGACAGUUCUGGCACACGAAUAUUUUCCAAAGUUCACUGAACGAAUAAUCACGUUGACCCCAUUGAUCGGAGUCAUCCUCACUACACUGCUUUGUGCCAGUCCGGUAAGUACAUUCGGAGUUUAUUUUCAGUUACUCUUUUUACCUCAUUUCGAAAUUUGGCUGGCCCAAAGUUCUGGAUGACGAAUGGGCCGUAAAGUUUCGUGCUUUUGGCCAGAUUGGGCAAGUUGCCGAAGUCUUGAAGACCCAAGGUGCACAACUCAUACUUCCUGUAGCAGUCCUCCAUGCAGCUGCGUUUGCUCUUGGUUAUUGGGUUUCAAAGUUUUCGUCAUUUGGAGAGUCAACGUCUCGUACAAUUUCCAUAGAGUGUGGAAUGCAGGUACCAUAUUUGAUUAUUUUCUUCAGAAUGCCAGCCUAAACGCACCCCAGUCUCAGAAACUUAGGAGAGACAUCAAAGAGAAACAAUGUAAUAAGAAAAAUUCUGGAGCAGGAAUGCAGUUGUCAACCCCUCGAAUAGUUCUUAUUAUUUGCAGACCUUAGCAUUUUUUUCUUAGAAACCCUACUUGCCAUUCUCUGAUUUUAUUUUAUUUUUUUAGCAAGUAAUUCUUAUUUUUCAGUUUUUUGGGACAAAAAUUAAGAUACAGGAUCACAUCUGAGCCCAGAAGCUUCUACAUAAAUCAUUCUGUUUGAUGAGGCUGUAUUUUUUAAAUAGAUGUGCUCCUAUUCAUCAUGAACUAAUCUUUUUGAUUUCUUGUCCGCAGAGCUCUGCUCUUGGAUUCCUUCUCGCGCAGAAGCACUUUACGAAUCCUCUGGUGGCUGUUCCUUCUGCUGUCAGUGUGGUCUGCAUGGCGGUAUCUUUCAUCCCCUAAUUCCAUUCCUCAUUUUUCUCUUGUUGGAGGUUGAAUGCCAUCCACAUUUUGCUUCAAGUUCUUCUCUUUUUCUCUAAAUUUCAUCUUUUUAUUCAUAUCAUGUAUCGUUUCUUGGUUCGGAUGUUACAGCUGCUUAAAAUCUUCAGCAUAAGAUUGUCUAAUUUGCAUAUGAAACCCACUGGAGCAGGAUCUGAAUUUAAGAAACAAUUGACAUCAUGCAUCUGAUGCCAUGGCUGCAUGACAAGAAUCGCACUGAAAUCUAGGGUGCAACUUGCAAUACAUAUGGAAAUCUGGCUAUCGUAUUUAUUCAUAUUAGCCUCUGCAUAUUUUGUGUUGGGGACGGGUCUAUGAGAAAUCAGGUUCAGACAUCCAAGUCUUUGACUGGCUCACCACUCAGAUCCCUGGGUCAGCCUACUCUGGAUAUCAUCUCCAGGGGACCUUGAGACCACGGAUUCUAGUUGUUCAUGAGCCCAACUGCUAUUACAGAGAUGGCCUGAGCUUGGAUUAGGACCACCAUUUUCUUUAAUUAUCGAUAUAGUCUGGUUAUCACACCUCUCUCUCUCUCUUGCUGGAUUUAGCUACUCCUUGAUAGACUAAUACCUUCAGACCAUGUCAUAUUUUCACAUGCGGAGACAUUUCUCCAAGAAUGGCUGAGUUCCUCUAUCUUGGUUAUAUUCGCUGUUGAAACCAACAUUAGGGAAUUCUAAACUGAUUCAUCCCCUUCUCUGUAGCAUGAUAGUCUGGGAGAUAUCUGACCUAGAAAGUGGUAGUAAAUUACCUCAGCGAGAGAGAGAGAGAGGGGCACUUCUGCAAGAACGUCAGAGUUUCUUGACCAAUAGACGCAGCUUUCUUGAUCAAUAUCUCAUAUGACAACCAAAAAUGUCUUAGUUUCUUUACAUUGCGCAUAUCCGCCCGAGAAACCAUGCUCUAGGGAAUUCUGAAUUGAUCUACACACUUCACUGUGGCAGCUUGGUGGGAGCGCUCUGGCUGUUUUCUGGAGGAACGUGCCGAUCCCAUUGAACGACAAGGACGACUUCAAGGAGUAG